GUGUGUGUGUCAGGGGUGUCAAAGAGAGAGUGGUUGAAACAGCAGAAAGACCAGUUGAACAGCUACAAGCGUGGAGGCAGCCUGCGCAGCAGACCCAGAGUGAGCUACACAGAGGAAGAAGUGCCCAAGGAUGAAGAUUACCUCUACUGUGAGGACUGUGAGUAUUUCUACAUUGAUGAGUGUGGGGUCCAUGGUCCCCCUAACUUCAUCCCCGACACCCCAGCUCCUGUUGGGGUCCCAGACCGAGCCAGACUCACCCUGCCACCUGGACUGGUGGUCAGAAAGUCCAACAUCCCAAACGCAGGUCUGGGGGUGUUCAACCAGGGCCAGACGGUGCCAAGAGGGGCGCACUUUGGCCCCUAUGAGGGAGAGGUGAUGGACAGGGAUGAGGCCAUAGAGAGCGGAUACUCCUGGGUGACAUACAAGAGCCGACAUACAGAUGAGUACAUAGACGCAAAGAGAGAAACUCACUCCAACUGGAUGAGGUAUGUGAACUGCGCUCGUGACGGUGACGAGCAGAACCUGGUGGCGUUUCAGUACAGAGGGGGGAUUGUGUAUCGCUGCUGUAAGCCUAUCGCCCCUGGAGAGGAACUGCUCGUCUGGUAUGGAGAGGACUACGCCAGAGACCUGGGCAUCACCUUCGACUACCUGUGGGACAUCAAGAGUAGCGCCAAAGGUACAUCACAAUCGUCUCAGGUGUUCUCGUGCUCCCUGUGUCCGUUUUCCUACACGGCUCAAAUCUACCUCCACAAGCACAUCAGGAGGAGCCACACGGACGAGUAUGUGCGACUGCUGAGGUCUGGAGAGAUCAGACCAGAGACUUUGGCACCUUCCAGAAGCAGCAACCAACAAACACAAAAACCUCUAACUGUGCCGUCCAGGUCAACAUCCAGUAAACGCACUCACACAGGAGAGAGGCCGUACCACUGCACUCAGUGUGGCAAGAGCUUUACUCGAGAGGAACAUCUCAAAGCACACCAGCGCACUCACACAGGAGAGAGGCCGUACCACUGCACUCAGUGUGGCAAGAGCUUUACUCAAGAGGGAAAUCUCAAAGACCACCAGCGCAUUCACACAGGAGAGAGGCCUUACCACUGCACUCAGUGUGGCAAGAGCUUUACUGUUGGGGGAGAUCUCAAACUACACCAGCGCAUUCACACAGGAGAGAGGCCGUACCACUGCACUCAGUGUGGCAAGAGCUUCACUCUAGAGCAUCAUCUCAAAGCACACCAGCGCACUCACACAGGAGAGAGGCCGUACCACUGCACUCAGUGUGGCAAGAGCUUUACUGAGGGGGGACAUCUCAAACUACACCAGCGCACUCAUACAGGAGAGAGGCCGUACCACUGUACUCAGUGUGGCAAGAGUUUCACUUCUACGUCUCAAUUAAAGACACACCGGUGCACUCACACAAAAGAACCCUAA